UCAUCUAACCCAUGCAACUGCAACUAAUCCUCAAUUCUCAUCCAUCAAAUUCAAAACCCUAAUAAACAUGUCUCAUGAAGGACACUACCAACCACUCCGAGGCUACAACGACCAACACAACAGUAACACCACAGUUCAACAACAACCUCCACCAACCAAGUCAACUCAGCUCGUUAAGGCUGCCACCGCCGUAACCGCCGGCAGCUCUCUUGUGAUCCUCUCUGGUUUGGUCUUAGCCGGCACAGUUAUCGCCCUCACAAUCAUCACACCGCUGUUUGUAAUAUUCAGUCCCGUGUUGGUUCCUGCGGUGAUCAUUUUUUCUCUGUUGACAUUGGGGUUCUUUGCUUCCGGUGGAUUCGGUGUGGCUGCGAUCACGGUGUUAGCAUGGAUCUAUACGUAUGUUACCGGUAAGCAUCCACCUGGCGCUGAUCGGUUGGACACAGCGCGUCAGACUCUGAUAAACAAAGCGCGUGAGAUUAGGGACUAUAGUCAACAGAAAAUCAGUGGGACGCAGAAUUCUUAAAUCUGCCAUCGCAUGCACUCGAUUGUAUCUUACGAAAACUCAAGUGUAAUUUCAUUUGUAUGAUUCUUCUCUAGUUCUUGUUUUUGUUGACCUCUCUCUCUCUUCUUGCUUAUUUUUACAUGUCGUAGUUUCUCUGUUUUGUGUAGUUUGCAUGUUGCAGUUUUUAGUUUGUAUAAUGUGGGUAUGAUUAGUAUCCACCUAAAUGUAUAGUUUUAUUUUUUUAAUAAGUUAACCAAUUUGAUUUUUGUGCAAUA